AAAUAAAAUAACCAACCACUGAAACAACAAAAAGUAAAGAGUGUUUGUGUGUUUUAUUUUGUGUUUUUUCUUUCAUGUGCUUUUCAUUGGUUCAGUAUCAGUUUGCCAAUUCUGUCGUGAAGUUCGGUCGUCGAUCGAUUGUCAGUUGUGGGGCUACUCGCGUUUUUGUUAACCCCUUCUAAAAAUUCUUGUUUCUGACAACAAGAAAACCAAACAGCAGCCAACAGACAGCUGUGGAACAAUAACAAAGUUUUCCAAGCACACACACACUCAUUCACGUCAACGGCCAUCCCCACCGUCUUACUUUCUGCGUUGUAAACUCGUCGCUCGUUAUUAUUCCCAUAACAAUGAGUCGUCUCUUGCUUAGCAAUUCCAAUGCCGCCAUCCAGCGUGCCACUGCUGCUGCCGGCAGCGCUGGUAGUAAUGCAUUGAGAGCACCAUCAACCUCAUCGCCGGCUAUUUCCAACAAUCACAUAUCUCGUCGUUGGAAAUCAUUGUUGAUACACACCAACAAACCACAGCAGCAGAACAAGCAACAACGAAACCAACUCUCCUCAUUCAGUCCGGCUCAGACCUCUAGCGCGCGCUGUAGUCGUGUCAGUAACAACUUGUAUGUACCGAAAUAUUGUCGCGCUCUAAGUACCUCCGCCGUCGAUCAAGCCAAAAUGUCGGGAAAUACCUCAAAAUGUUUACAACUGGAGAAUAUCAAUCCAAAUUUUAUAACCAUGGAAUAUGCUGUGCGUGGUCCAUUGGUCAUAAGGGCCGGUGAAAUUGAAAAAGAACUGAAACAGGGUGUCAAAAAGCCUUUUGACUAUGUCAUCCGUGCCAAUAUUGGUGAUUGCCAUGCCAUGGGUCAAAAACCCAUCACCUUCCUCAGACAGCUUUUGAAUUUGACUUUUGAUCCUGAAUUACUGAAUUCGCCCAACUAUCCUGAGGAUGUUAAGGCUCGUGCUAAGACUGUACUUGAAGGCUGCCAAGGUCAAUCGGUUGGUUCCUAUACCGAUUCUGCCGGCAUUGAAGUGAUUCGUCGUCAAGUAGCUGAUUUUAUUGCUGCUCGUGAUGGUGUACCCUGUGAUUGGCAUAACAUUUUCUUGACUGCCGGUGCCUCGCCUGGCAUUAAGAGUGUUUUGGCUCUUUUGAGAUGCAAAGUUGAUGGCAAAGCUCCCGGUAUCAUGGUGCCCAUUCCCCAAUAUCCAUUGUAUUCGGCCACAAUUGCCGAAUAUGGUAUGACCAAGGUUGACUACUAUUUGGAAGAAGAGAGUGGCUGGAGUUUAUCGACCGCCGAGUUGCAACGUUCAUAUGAUGAAGCCAAAAAGACCUGCAAUCCACGUGCCAUUGUUGUCAUUAAUCCAGGCAAUCCAACUGGUCAAGUUUUGACUAGACAAAACAUUGAAGAGAUUAUCCGUUUUGCCCACAAAAACAAAUUGGUCAUUUUGGCCGAUGAGGUGUAUCAGGAUAACAUUUACGAUAAGGACUCGAAAUUCUUCUCGUUCAAGAAGGUUUUGACCGAAAUGGGUUCGCCAUACAGUGAAAUGGAAUUGGCCAGCUUUAUGUCGACAUCAAAGGGUUAUUUGGGUGAAUGUGGUAUUCGUGGCGGUUACAUGGAAAUCAUCAAUAUGUGUCCCCAGGUUAUGGCUAUGCUAACCAAAUCGAUUACUGCCUCGUUGUGUGGUACCACUGCUGGUCAGGUGGCUGUUAGUGCUUUGGUUAAUCCUCCCAAGCCCGGCGAGCCAUCAUACGAAAAAUACAUUGCGGAAAAGAAUGGAAUUUUGGGUGCAUUGAAAGAACGUGCCGAAUUGGUACACAAAACACUCAGCAGCUUUGAAGGCUACAAAGUCAAUAAAGUACAAGGAGCUAUGUACGUUUUCCCACAAGUUGUUAUUCCUCCCAAGGCCAUUGAAGCCGCCAAGGCCAAGGGUUUGCCCGCCGAUGUUUUCUACGCAUCUGAACUUUUAGAAUCAACUGGUAUUUGCAUUGUUGCUGGCAGUGGUUUUGGACAGAAGCCCGGUACAUAUCAUUAUCGCAGCACCAUUUUGCCCCAGACUGAUGUAUUGAAGGACAUGAUGAACAAAUUCCAAAAAUUCCAUUCUGAAUUUAUGCAAAAAUACAAAUAAGCCACAUCAGCCCCCCUCUUUCCCGCUAUUGAGCCAUUUGUGUAAAGUAAAGGUUGAUCAUACAGAUCAUAAUAGUUUUUUGUUUAAUUCUAUUUUUGUUUCUUUUUUGUUUGUCAAUCCCCCAUUUUAAUGUGAUCGUAUGCAUCUUAAAAAAAAAAAAAAACAAAAAACAAAAAAGUGUUUGUUAUUUAUAUACAUAAAAAAAUGAUAAUAUAUUUCAUAAUAUAUACAAUUAAAUAAUUAUUCUUGUUAAGAUAUAAAAUGCAAGACAAAGAAGAAAAUCACUGAAACAUAAUCAACGAUAA